AAAUCGCGUCGCGUCGCAAUAUUGUUACAAUUAGCAUAAAAAGUAAAUAAAAGUAUGAAAAAAUCCACUUAAAUUAAUGUACAAAUGGUUCAAGUGCAACGGGCUCAGGGGCAGCUUGUAAAAACCAAAUGAAAAUGCAAAAUACGCAGUAACUGGCUAAAUUACAAGAGGAAAAACACCAACAGUGGGCAGCAGCGCGCGCAACUUGAAGCGAAAAUAAUAACAACAACUAGAACAACAAUAAGAAGAAACAAACAGAAAAACAACGCCAGCAGCAGCAUCUGAGCUUGGCAAUCACAGCAGGCGAGGCGGACCAGGCAGCCAGGAAGGCACAGGCAAUCAAUCAAAGACAACAGCUCCCCAGGCAAAUCUAAAGCCAAUAGCAAACGCAACCAACCACAAAGGAGAAGGCCACCAAGGCGAAAAGGCGAAAAGGCGAACGGCGCAAGGCGAAAGGCGAAAGGCGCACACAUACCCCCCCCACCCCACCCCACAGCGAUGGACUCGGAUAACGAUAACGAUUUCUUGGACAACGUGGAUUCCGGCAAUGUAUCGUCCGGUGAUGAUGGCGACGAUGAUUUUGCCAUGGAGGUGGAUAUGCCCAGUUCGACGGAACGUCAAUUGGACACCGAUGAUUAUCAAUACAAGGUGCUAACCACAGAUGAGAUAGUUCAGUUUCAGCGCGAGAUAAUCGAUGAGGUUAAUCGUGUGCUAAAGCUGGUCACGCCCAUUACACGAAUAUUGCUGAAUCACUUUAAGUGGGACAAGGAGAAGCUGCUGGAGAAGUAUUUCGAUGGCAGCGAUGAUAAUACGGAAGAGUUCUUCAAAUGCGCACACGUCAUAAAUCCGUUUAACAAGCCAGCCGAGACGGUGCAGCAAAAGACAACACGGAGCCAGUGCGAGGAAUGCGAGAUAUGCUUCUCCUUGUUGCCGCCAGAUUCCAUGACCGGAUUGAAGUGCGGUCAUCGUUUUUGCCUGAACUGUUGGCGCGAGUAUCUGACAACGAAAAUCGUUACAGAGUGCUUGGGCCAGACCAUAUCGUGCGCCGCGCACGGCUGUGAUAUAUUGGUGGAUGAUGUGACUGUUACCAAACUGGUGCCGGAUGCACGGGUGAAGGUUAAAUAUCAGCAGCUGAUCACCAAUAGUUUUGUUGAAUGCAAUCAGCUGCUGCGCUGGUGUCCGUCCGUCGAUUGCACCUAUGCGGUGAAGGUGCCCUAUGCGGAGCCCCGUCGCGUCCAUUGCAAAUGCGGUCAUGUAUUUUGCUUUGCCUGCGGCGAGAACUGGCACGAUCCGGUCCAGUGCCGUUGGCUAAAGAAAUGGAUCAAGAAGUGCGACGAUGAUUCGGAGACGUCCAAUUGGAUUGCAGCCAAUACCAAAGAGUGUCCCAAAUGCAGUGUUACCAUCGAGAAGGAUGGCGGCUGCAAUCAUAUGGUCUGCAAGAAUCAAAAUUGCAAGCAUGACUUUUGCUGGGUAUGCCUCGGCUCCUGGGAGCCGCAUGGCUCCUCCUGGUACAAUUGCAAUCGCUAUGACGAGGAUGAGGCAAAGGCGGCCCGUGAUGCCCAGGAAAAGCUGCGCUCCUCACUGGCCAGAUAUUUACAUUAUUACAAUCGCUACAUGAAUCACAUGCAAUCCAUGAAGUUUGAGAACAAAUUGUAUGCAUCUGUCAAGCAGAAAAUGGAGGAAAUGCAGCAGCACAACAUGUCCUGGAUUGAGGUGCAAUUCCUGAAAAAGGCUGUCGAUAUACUCUGCCAAUGUCGCCAGACCCUAAUGUACACAUACGUCUUUGCGUAUUACUUGAAAAAGAACAAUCAAUCCAUGAUAUUCGAGGAUAAUCAGAAGGAUUUGGAGUCGGCAACGGAGACGCUGUCCGAGUACUUGGAACGUGAUAUUACAUCCGAGAAUCUGGCUGAUAUUAAACAGAAAGUACAGGAUAAAUAUAGAUAUUGUGAGAAGCGUUGCACAGUCCUGCUCAAGCAUGUGCACGAAGGUUAUGAAAAGGAUUGGUGGGAUUAUACAGAAUGACGCGAAUCCUGGCUGGAUAACUAAGGUGAUGCAAAAUCCGAGUGUAACUAGCAAUUUGGCGUUAGCAGUAGCAGUAUCAGCUAGCAGUAAGCAUUAACAGCCGUAACAACAACAACAGCAGCAGCAACAGCCGUAACAGCAGCAGCAGCAGUGCAAGCAACAAUUUUUAAACAGAACAACAGAAAACAACAACAUAAGCAACAACAAAAGCAAUAACUUUAGCAUAAACAACACGUGUAACAGCAACAACAACAAGAACAUGAACAAGAACAACCACACACAGAGGCACAACCAAAUGUAUGGAGUUUGAGGCAAGAACAAGCUAAAUAUGAGAAUUGAUUAAAGCCGCGCACAGAGAAAUUCAAGCAAUAACAAAAACAAAACAGUAAAAAAAACGAAGAAAAAAAAAAUACAAAUAUUAAAAUAAAACACAAAAAAAAAAACAAAAACAAAAACAAAAAGUUAAAAAAAUAAAAAAAUAAAAUAAAACACAGACCGUAAUGCAGUUGCGCAAGUUGUUGCAUACCCAGAAAAAUACGGAAUAAGCGAAAAGUUAUAUUAAAAUCAUACUAUAUAAAAUAUAUAUAUAUAUAUAUGUAUAUAUAUAUAUAUACAUUUUUUCUCUUCGUGUUGAGCAGCAACUUAACUGAUCCCAGCAAGCAUACACACACACACACACACACACACACACACACACACACACGCGCGCGCGCGCGCGCAUUAGGAGUUGCUGUUUCCAUAUAUAUAUAAAUAUAAAAUGCAAAAUUCAUCGACAUCAAUUUUCACUUGGCUGUUCCAGUUAAAUAAUAAACAAAAUGAAAAGAAGCAUCAAGCGAAUCAACAUAAUUAUAUGCAAUAGAAUAGAUACACUCCAACACACACCCAGGCACAACCCACCCACACACACGCACACACACACACACACACAGUUAAUAUAGCGAGCAAAUUGUAAUAAACCGAGCUUGUAAGAAUUGCCCGACUUUCGGGCUGUUGCAUAUGUUUGUGCUUUGUUUGUAGUUCUAGUUUAUUCAUUUAGCCAUUUUUGUUUUUUUUUUUUUGUGGUUUCAACGAAUUUGUAAACUAAAUUUUCAUUUUUUUUAAAUCUAUUUUCUUUUGUUUGUUUAACGCUGUAUCGAUUGCAUAUUAUUUGUCUCUGAUUCUGUUAUAAAAAAUAUAUAUAUAUAUCUGUAUAUAUAUAUAUAUAGAUAUAUUUACUUAGUCGCGUUUAUCACAAAGCAUAUGAACAUGUUGUCCAUCAUUAUUUAUUUAAGCAAACAAAUAGCAAUUCCCACAAACAAUUUGAUUUGUGAGCGAUGCAAAUUGCAGUUUAUGGAAGCAAUAUAUAAAUAUUAUAAUUAUGUAAAUGCAAUAUGUAAUAAACAGAAUUCAAGUUGUACAUGUUAAUAA